CUUUCUUCUUUACAAAGUAAUAUGAUGUAAGGUUCAUUCUCAUAUUUGAUCGUUGUGUCGCAGUUCGCAGCAGAAGACAGUCAGAUUUCAGUCGGAACAAUGGCUAAUGCUCUGUAUAAUUGGAUUUUCAAAAGAUCUUCGACAUUUGCCGUGGCCAUUUUGGUAGGCAGCUUUUUCUUCGAGCGGUCGUUCGAUUUAAUUUCAGACCAAAUAUUUGAAAACGUGAAUAAAGGGAAACUGUGGAAAGAUAUUAAACACAAAUAUGAACAAUAAAGGAAGAAUGUCAAAUGUGCUGGGUUAGAUGUGUAUGUGUAUAUUAAAUAGGUACAAAUAAAG